AAAUCUGAUGCAGUGAAGCUUCAAAAUGGUCCUUUUAAAAUUAGAACAGUAUCCUAUUGUCUGCCGGUUGUGUUUCAAACCUGCGACGAAAAAAGGAAUGAUUCCACUGAAGAAAAAAGAUCCAGUUUUUGACGGCACUAUAGAGAGCUUUAUCACGGCGAUAACUAUCGAAAUUGCAGAGCCCAACAUUGCACUGCUUCCUCAAGCGAUUUGUCAGGAUUGUUACGAAUCACUUAAAUUUUUCGCCAAAUUUCGCGCAAAGUUGCUUAACAUGCAUUUGUUUAUGAAUUCACUAGCAGAGUUGAAACAUUCUAAUUCAGCUCCGAUGAUUGAACUGUUUCAAAGCAAAUCAGCCAAGCUUGCAAUUUUGUUUAAGGAUCUUGACCUUUGCACGAAGCAACCAGUUACGGUAGAAGAUUUGUUAGAAGAAUUUCCCAAAUAUUAUGUGGCGAAAAUGACUGUAGAACAGAAAAAAGCUGGACAAGGUGAAGAACCGAUAGGGAUUUUUGCAGAAGAGUGUACGGCUGAUGAAAUAGCCGAACUAAUUCCAGAGGCUGCAAGAAAAAAAAGUAAAACAUAUCCGUGCUUUGAUACCACGUGUACGGAAAUAUUCCCGGAUUCUCGAUCCCGUCGCAAACAUAACGAACGAAUUCAUAAACCACAUAUUUGUGACACGUGCGGGAUGCGAUUCGGGAAUGCCGGCAGAUUAGCCAACCAUAAAGAACGGCAUUUGAACUUGUACAGCCACUGCUGUACGUACUGCGGUCUUCGUACCAACACGAAACAGGAUCUACGCACUCACAUUAACGUUAGACAUAAUGCAGCUUACUUCUUUCCUUGCGAAAUAUGUGGUGUUCGGUUUAAGCGGAAGUCUUCUAUGACGGACCAUAUGAAUGGGCACACUGAUAACAGAUUGCACAAAUGUGAUCGGUGUAGUAAAUCAUUUCUCAAGUUAGCCGCCCUUAGGCGGCAUAAACGAAUGGUACACGAAAAAAUAACCGUGGCCUGUGAACAUUGCGGAGAAGCAUUUCUCAGAACAGAGUUUCUGCGAGAUCACAUUGAGUAUGUGCAUGGGAUUCAGGUUCGGUUUUUCUGUGAUAUUUGUCUGCUGGUGUUCAAUAGUUCAGAUGCGUUGAGUACGCACAAAUUGCGACACGCCAGCCCACAAGAGCUCGAGUGCGGAACUUGUUUGGAUGUUUUUGCAUCGAACGAGCUGAUGGAAGCUCAUACCUGUAUUACUUACCGUAACGAUUACGUUUGUUGCGGAAAGGAUUACUUUUACCACCGUAAUUACAACAAACAUAUGCUCGUUGACCAUGGGGUUAGGACGAAUGUACGUGUCAAGCCAGAUCCCAAUCAUCUGUGGGGGUACAUUCGAACAACACGGAAUCAGCGUCAUCUGGGCCAAUGUCCAAAGUGUGCGACUCCGUUCCAGACCGGAAAAGAGAAAAAACAGCAUUUGCUCGAUUGUUGCGGUACCACUCUGUCGACGAAAAAGGGGAAGCCUCGCAAAAAGCGGGGUAAACAAUCAAGUCAGAUAAAUUCAGAUGCUUAA